UUUUCAAUUCUUUUUACGGUUUCCGUAAAACAAGAAGUAAUUAAGAAAACCCCAUUUUUAAUUUUUCUAUUCCCUUUUGACUUUUUAUUUCUUCCAUAUUUUUUUAUAUCUAUCGGUGGAGGAAUGCUUGUCACCUACUCCCUCUCAUAGAUCGCACUCUGAUCCGUUCCUCUCACAAAGCACCACAACAAGAACAAGAACAAAAACGCAAUUCACCAAAAUGCCAACACUCUCUUGAACUCCUUCCAUUUGUUUCGUUGAUUCGCGAUGGAUAGACACAAGUGCAAGCUUUGCUUCAGAAGCUUCGCCAAUGGAAGAGCAUUGGGGGGUCACAUGAGGUCUCACAUGAUGAACCUUCCUAUCUCAAAGCCCGAAGAAUUAGCCUCAUCGCGAACGAUCCAACUCAGCUUCGAAGCUGAGUCAGCUUCAUCAUCGUCAUCGUCUUCUUCAGACGAAGAGGAUGAGGAUGAUGAAAAGACUCUAUGUUAUGAUCUCAGAGAGAAUCCCAAGCGAAGCAUUCGCCUCGUGGAUCCUGAAUUUUCGUUCGCAACAGCAGCAGACACUGGCUCCGUGAUCCUCCACGACAGAGAGAGCGAGUCCGAGUCAUCAAAAAACAACCCAACUCGUAGAAUAUCCAAAAGGCCUUGGAAUAAUAAUGACAAUUAUUAUAAUAAUGAUACCACCAACAGCAGCGUAAGAAAGAAAGGUCUCGGAUUCGAACAUGAAUCCACAAAGAAGUGCAAGACAGAAUCGUGGGUGGACCACGACCCUGCGAGCUCUGUCUCCGAUGCCACCACCGAGGAAGACGUGGCAUUUUGUCUCAUGAUGCUGUCGAGGGACAAAUGGAAGCGACAGAGGGAUCAAGAUCAACCCUGCCGAUUUGCGGAAAGGGAAAAUCAAUACGAGGUGGAGGAUCAAGAAGAAGAAGAUGAUGAAGAAGACGAGGAAGACGAAGACGACGAAGAAGCCUUCGAGGAGAGCGAGGAGUCUCAAGAAACAUCGAAACAGUGCAAGAACCGUGUACGAGGACGGUACAAAUGCGACACCUGCAACAAGGUGUUCCGAUCCUACCAAGCAUUGGGGGGUCACCGAGCCAGUCACAAGAAGAUCAAAGUGAACGGUGGUGGUAGAGAACAAGAACUUGAACACAACAAGAAGAAGAGUGGAACAUGUGUUGUUGUGGAAAAGAAAACUCACGAGUGCCCCGUUUGUUUCAGAGUCUUUGCUUCGGGUCAAGCGCUUGGGGGACACAAGAGAACCCAUGUUACUGGCUCAGCAGCAACUGCAGCUGCAAUCGCAACAACACUUCCGUCAAGUUCCGCAAAGUUUGGAAACAGUUUCAUAGAUCUCAACCUCCCUGCUCCUAUUGACGAAGACGAUGCUAGCCAAAUCGAGAACUCUGCUGUUUCCGAUGCAGAAUUCGUCAAAAUCCAUUAGGUGAUGAAGACAGGUUGAAAAAAUUGAAAAAUUUUGGUGCCCAAAUAUAUUUUUUAUGAUGAUUUUCAUAUAUGGUUUCUGCAAAUCAGCUAAUAUGGUUACUCUAUAGUCUAUAUUAUUAUUUAUGUAAUGUUAUAAAAAAAUUAUAAUUAUAUUAAUCUUCCUAGCUCUAACUGUAAUUCAGUUAUUCUGAUCUGUGCUGUAUUUCUGUAAGAAAUGACAUAAGGAAUCAAUUAAUGGAGAAAAACAAAAAAGUUUUUGCUUA